AUUCUGUAUUUAGCGAUUGCUCUUGCUCUUGUCAUCCCUCGUGUUUGAAAGAAGAUCAUUUUAUAAACAUUUUUCUUAUUUAACAAUUCAAAUAAUUGUGCAGUUACUCUUUGCGAUGUUGUGAUUAUUUAAAUUUUUUGAAUUAAAGAUUAUACAAUGGGGCUUCAUGAUAUUGGUCUACCGCAAGACAGACUUCCACAUUGUUGGUCGGAUGAUGUGCGAAUGAAUGCUUUAUUUGCGCCAUUCCGUUUGAAGUCUGUGAAUCCUGAAUCAUGGGAGAUGAAAAUGAAAUUCUGGUCUGACAUAGUUCAACAAUGGUGUAAAUAUAAAAAGGAUCCUAUUAUAUCUGCGUCAGAUAUGAAAUGCGCGUUUCAGCGCAAAGGUCGUACACCUGCAUGCAUCGACAUUGUUAUUGAAGAAAUGUUUCGUAAUGGAGACCUCUGUCCACUCUCAAAGUAUCCCCAAAUACUUCACAAUGGUGCGGAAGGAUGGAUGUGGUGGGGAGCUAAGCUUGCCUUCAAACCAGCUGCAUUAGCAUUAACUGCUGUGUCAUCACUGCUACCAGCCAGACAGUCUAUUGACAAUGAUGGAUUACCUAAGAGUAAUAUUGAUGCCACACAGAGAUUUGUUCUUGAAAGUGCUGUUAAGAAGCUGGCUACAGAAUUGCUUAAUUCAUAUCCUCCCGGUGUGGAAAGAAUAGGCACCAUUGAACAUCAUAUGAAGAACACUGGCAACACCAACAGGGAGACGUUUGAACUGCUCCUUGGUUAUUUGGUUUCUCAAGGAGCUGCUGUUAAACAGGGAGAUGUGGUUAAACUAGCUGAGCCGAACAAAAAAGCCGCUCCUAUAUCUGAAAUGGAUGUUGCAUUGGUGAAAUUGAUUACUGCUGAACAAAAAUUGUGUGAAGAUUUGAGCAGAUUGUCCAAGGAAGUGCUCAUGGUGGACAAUGACGUCAGAGCCGCUUUGAAGCUUGGGAAUAGGCCAGCUGCGAAGAAUCAUCUCCGGAGGAAACACAUAGCUCAACAAAGGGUGGACAAGUGCGAAUCUGCGUUGCACAAUGUCAGGCAACUGCUGGAACAGGCGAAGGACGUCGAUGUCAAUGCAUCUGUUGUUGACACGUAUAGGACCAGUGCCAAAGCAAUGAAGAGUACGAUGAAGGAGGGUGGACUCGAAGAGGAUUUAGUCCACGAUACUAUGGAUGAUUUGAAAGAGGUCAUGGACGCAUACAACGAAGUGGGGAGAGCCUUGGGUGGCACCAUCGACGAUGAAGACUUGAAUGAGCUGGAGGAGGAGUUGAACGAACUGCUCUCUGGACCUGGAGGAGGAAGCGGUGGUACUCCCGAGAAGGAAAAAGACGUUUCUCCGGAGGUCAAACUCCCGUCCCCGCCGUCGGUCAAGCCGAAGCGGUCGUCGGAGAGGGAUUUCGUGUUCGAUGGCGAAGAGCAGAUGCUGGCCGACCUGAACCAGUUGGGCUUCGACGACACUCCGCGAAAGGACAGAGUGGCCGUGGCUGGAGUAACACACAGUCCUAAAAGGAAGAGUAAAGACUCAAAGUGGUCGCAAGAAAAAGGGAACUGGAGUGGAAACCUGGAGUCUAAUCUUCAAGAUUUAAGUCAGGAGUAUGCGGAACUGCGCUUGGAUGAAAGACUGCAUCCAGGUCAAGAGCUCAAAGUCGACUAUACGCAGUCCCCUCGUCACUUCGCUUCCGAUUUCCAAGUGCGCGACCACAAAAGUGAGUCCGGUGUGUGGCUCUUCAACAGCGAGGACUCGCGGAGGGCGGAUCUCGCCACCAGCACCAAAUAUUCUCGAGCAUCCAGCCCUGGCAAGUCGGAGAGUUCCUUCCUGAUGGCCGUCGGUGGGGAAAGGAGACCUGCGUCCCCCUCCCCGGAUUCCUCUGAUAGCCCCCCACCUCCGAAGGAAAGUCCUGACGAGAUGCAAGAUCUGCAGAAGCGGCUGAAUAAUUUAAGGGGUUUUUAAUUUUAUAUUCUGUUUAUCAUCCCCGUUGCUAUGGAGACCACGGAAUAGGUGACAUGUAGGCACUGCAAGCGUGCCGCAAGUAAGAGGCAUUUUGCAAAAUGGCGUCGCACCAGGGCUAUGACCUUGGGCUGGUGGGUUUGUUUGCAACCUGAUAUAGGGUGGCAAGGGUUCAAGUCCUUGGAGAUAACUCCCAGCUGACCUCGAGGAGCCCCAGGAACCGUGGUCACUUUCCUUGGCUAACAUCUGGAGGCCUGGACAGUCACGGCGCGAUGUUCUGGUGUUGGGGAUGCUGAAAGGCAUCCUCUCGAUCGAACUUCCCCUUCGUGAGAGCCGUAUGAUGAUGUCGAGACUCCCAAGUUUCGCUACGAUGGUAUUCCUCACGAAGCGUGGGGCUCCUACUGCAGGCUGUAAGGUGUUGGUUGGUUUCCUUGGAAGAACCAGUUGGCUCUCCCGACGCACCUGGAGUGGUGCUUGUAGAGUCGAAGGUCUAUGAAACCCCUGAGCGAAGGAAAUAGCCUGAUUCUUGUCCGGAGAAUCUGUCUAAUAACUGGUUUCAAGAGGUUGUAUAUACUCGGUGGGAAAUACUUCGCUAUAUUUUAAGGUGUGACGUCAUCGCUACGGUUGUCUAUAUAUUUGUCUAUUCCGUUGUCUAUACCUUUGUUUUUUUUUUUUACUAAAUCUGACCAUUUUUAUAAUAAUUUUUGACACAUGUGUAUAUGUACAUAACUUAAUUUCGCUAUAAAACUUAGUGCGUGCACAAAAUGUAAUUUUAGAAAUGCGAAAAUUUUGAAAAAAAAAAUAAAAAAAAUCGUUAAUAUUAAGGUAGUUACAAUCUUAAUGGAUACUCACAGUCGUUCAUUAAUAAUUGUAGUUACUAAUAAUGCAUUAUUGACAUUAUUAUUGAACGACUGUGCGAGGCAAAUAUAAUUAAUAGGCCUGUAAUAGUUAAUUAUUAAUUAGGUAUUCGACGCUUAUAGAAUGUUAGUUAAAUAGGUAACUAGAAUGUCUUAGUAAUAAUAAUAUAAACAGAUUAAAACGGUUUCAAGUAUUGCUUUAUCGUGUCAAUGUCACCUGUAUAAUCUGAGUUAAUAUACAUUACCAUAAGGGAUGGUGAAUUACUUUCAAUGUGCAUGGUCACUAUAAAACGCAUGGUCAAUGAAAGUCAUGAGUAAUUUUAAAAUACGAGUACGUGAGUUUUUUAAAUUAUUUACGGCUGCACUUUACAUUUAAAAUGCUUGAGAAAAACGUUUUAAUCAGUUUAUAAACUAAUGUAAUUGCAUCUUAUUCAUCUAAUGUUUAUAUAAUUAUCUGCGGCUGAUCCGUUUACGAUGAAUUUCGUUAAGGAUGUGUAAUCAUUUUAGGUAUAAUUUGUAUAAAAAUGUAAAUAACAAAAAAAGUGAUGUAAGUGCCUCUGAACACGCCAAAUUUGACAGCUGCUUAUAUUUGCCAAUUUAAGUAGCUCUUAAUUUUGAGGUAAAGUAUUUUUUAAAGCUUAUUUGUGAUACAUUUAAGGUAGAUUUAAACUCCUUGUAGUUAAUUGGCUCUAAAAGUCCUAGGUUUGGUUACUAGAAGGUUUAAAAUCAUGAAACAGGUACAUCUUUUAGUGGUUACGGUACUCUAAUAAUUAAACUGAAGGUCGCAUCCAAUAUAUGUACCAUAUUAUGCUUAAUUUUACGAGCAUGCAUGGUCAUGUUGGGCCGUGCAUGGUCACAUUUUUAAUUUAAAUUUUGCACCGUAAAUAUCAAAUAGGUAUCGUAAUAGAAACGUAACGUUAUUUUUGUAUGUGUUAAGCUUCAGAAGUACUCGUCGUAUAUGGUACUAAAAAAAUACUACCUUACUAUAUAAAUUGUAUGAAAAGUUGGAGUUGACAAAAUCUGCUUUUGGCUUCAAUUUUCUUGCCUGUUCGAACCUAGGACUUUGGGGUUUAUCCAUUACAGCAUGAUACACCGCUGGCUGGCUCCAAGUGAAUAUUGGCCUGCGUUGAUCUGUUUACAAGUAGUUCUUGGUACGCUAGAACAGUUUACUUAUCGGCGGCAAGUUAUGCAAUAUAAAUUUAUUUGUGCCAAUAUCUAUUAUAAUUGUUACUUAUAAAUAUAUUUUAACUAGUCAUUUUUUUAUUUGACACGAAAUACUGAAAUAUUCCACGCUUUUUGUAUUAUAUAAGCAUUAAAAAGGCGGGAAACAUUUGAACAUUAACCAAAAUGACAGUUGACACUUUAGUUUUUGAAUUUAUUUUUUAUAAUAAUACAACAUGGCGGCUGGUAUAAAAAGAAACUUUGACAAUUGUCAAUGUUAGGCGGUCUAUGUAGCAGUGAUGCCAACUUGGCGGUUUUCCCAAAUAAGGAAUACAAUUUUUUAAAAUUAAAUGUAUGAUUAUGUAUUAUUAUUUAUAUUUACUUAACAAAGAUAAAUCUAAAUAUUAGAAACUCCAAGCGUUGCUAUAACUGAAAUAUCAAAAAGAUAAUCCAAGCACGAAAUUUUGUAGUAUUUUAAUAUUAGCAUAUAUUUUAAUAGUAGCAUUUUUAAGGUACGUUUAAUAUAACCUCUGAAACCAAGUGACACUGUCCCUAAGGAGAAAUUUUGUAGGAGUUGGCAUCACUGCUAUGAAGCUUCGUUUAGUUCAGUGCGUUGCUUUAAGAAAACCUUUAUUUUUCAAGGGAGUAAUGUAAUGUGCAGGAAUCGCCAAGUUACCUGGCUUAAAUAUUAUAAAUUAAUUAUUAAUUUAAUUAAUUCCGAACAAAUCACGGAUUCUUCAAAAAGUUAUGUUUCUACUACUUUUACAGUUCGUCGUUCCACAGCUGAGCGCUUUUAACUAUGUAGAGCCAGCUGCCCAAUAAAUUUCUCAAUCAAUUCGACUAAAGGUUCUUUAAGAAAUGAGAUUACUAAUCUCACUCGCGAGCCUUCUGGCAUUGAGUGUCCAUGGGCGAUAUUAUCAGGCGAGCCCCCUGUCUGGCCCCGGUUCUAUAAAAAAAUAUAUUUUAAAUGUAUCGGUUAAUAACAACCACAUCAAGAUGAUCCUUUUGAAAUCUGGGAUUUAGUUAUUUAGGGAACAUGUUUUCAUUGAAUUCGGGUGGGAUUUUGAAGUUUUUGGAGGUCUCUCUAAUAUAGUUGACAAAUGUUUUUUUAGACGAUUUUAUUUGGAUAUAUCUUUUGUACAUUAAAACUAUAUGGGUGUUAUGAUUUUCUCAUGGAAAGGCCAUGGACCCGUUUGACAGCCGCUACCAAAAUUAUUGAUUAUAUAUAUUGUAUAGUAUUUGUAAAUAUAUUUGUAUUUUUUUGUAUAAUAUACGAGAAACGAAA